UUUACGUUAUUAAAAAACCAAACAGGACAUUAGUACAUUAGGUUUGUUUAUUUUAGACUUUAGAACUUUGAUAUCUCGUUAGAUAACACCUAAGAUAAAUGAAUAUUUAAAUUAAUCUUUUGAUAAGUAAGCUAAUUCAGAUAGUUCUGGUCAAGAUUAAUGAUUAACACCUUCUUUGCCAAUUUUUUUUUAAUUAAUGUAAAUUGACGAAUACUGAAAAAAAUUACAUACUACAAAAUGUUUCUUGCUCUGGCUUUAUUAGGGUAAAGUAACUCAGCCUUUGAAAACAUUGAUAUCAACCAAUAAGUCCGUAAAUAAGUAUUGUGUGGGGUCGUAGUUUUCUCGCACAGGUUUGAGAAGUGAACUAACAAGUAAUGUAUGCUUGAAGAACCAUAUUUAUUUAACAAAGGCAUAACACAUGAUAGGACCGACAAAAGGGUGCGCAGCCGAUAUUGGUUUCUUAAAUUCCCUGAGUUUGAUUAGACUUAAAAAUGACGCUAAGGCCGGGCGAACGUUGAGGCGCAGUGUGACGUGCGUUGACGCAGGGUGAAGUGAACUGCCUGAAAGAUGAAACGCAGUUUAUCGCACACCUGCGUCCAGAUUAAACGCAGUUCUACUGAAUAGAUUCCUACUAUUUUCUAUGAUGUAUACAUAUUUGCUUAAUUUAUUAGACUCGGAAUCUGAUUCUGACUUUGUUGACGAAGAAAUAGCGUAUACAACUAUAUUCAGAAGAAAACUGCCAAAAAGUGAUUACUUAAAAAAGAGAAAGACUCACGGAGAAUUCGUUCUUCAGAAAGAACUUUCUGAAGAAAAGUACAAAAAUUAUUACCGAGUAACCCGUGCACAGUUUGCAGAAAUUCACGGAUUUAUUAAAGAAGACAUAGAAGCUGAAGGGUGUAAUGCGUCAAAGCCCAUCGGAACGGAAGAAAAACUAGCCGUAUUUUUAAGGUACAUCGCUUCAGGGAACUGCUUUAAAAGUAUGGGCUACAGUUAUAGAAUGAGUGACCGAACAGUAUCCAAUAUUGUAAAUGAAGUAGCAGGAGCUAUUUGGAAACGUAUGCAACCAUUAUGUAUGCCACAAGGAACAGCAGAACAUUGGACGUCCAUUGCACAUGGUUUUGAAGAAAGGUGGCAAUUUCCACAUUGCAUCGGAGCUAUUGACGGGAAGCAUGCAUUAAUAAAGAAGCCAAGUUUAAGUGGUUCCUCAUUUUUUAAUUAUAAAAAAAUUUUCUCUAUUGUAUUAAUGGCUAUUGUGGACUACAAAUUCAUUACUAUUGAUGUUGGCUCAAUGGGACGAUUUAGUGACGGAAACAUUUUUGGUAGCAGUGUUUUAGCAAAAAAACUUAAGAACAACACUUUGAAUAUCCCUCCAGCUUCUCUAAUACCUAUAAUUGAUGAUCCAAUGCCAUAUGUAUUUGUAGGAGACGAAGCUUUUCCCUUGUGUGAAAAUUUAAUGCGACCAUAUCCAAAACGAAGUGUCAUGGACAAUUACGAGAACAAAGUUUUAAAUUACAGACUUUCGCGGGCUCGACAAACUGUGGAAUGUUCUUUCGGUAUUCUUGCUUCCCGUUUUCGUGUUUUUCGUUCACCAUUUGAAUGCAAAUUAGACAGUGUAGUGAAAGUUUGAAUCUUGCUUGCUGCAUAACUAUUUGAGAAAUUCUCCAAUUUCACAAAUCGAAGAGUUCUCCGAAAAUAUGCCGGAACAUCAGCUACUUCCACUUCGUAAAAUUAAUACUCGAAGUCCAUCUAAAGCUUUUUGCGUUCGUCAAAACUUCACAGAAUACUUCGUAUCACCAGCAGGAUCGCUGCCCUGGCAGAGAGAUAGUGUAUUGAGAGGGAAAUACUAAAAUCUACGUACGCAUGUACCGUACAAACUAAAACGUGACAAAAUUGCAUUAUUUUAGAAUAGGAAAGAAGGGAAAUGCGCAAUUUUUAUCAGCCCAUCUAUUUUAUUAUAGAAUGUAGUUUAAAAAGAUAAUGUGUAAAAGUGUGUAGCUUAGCGAUGUUUAUGUUUAGGUACUUAGCUAUAUAUAUGUACAUAUAUGUUUAUGUUCAAAUGUCAAAAAAUAGAAAAUAAAAAUUAAAUAAAAGUAAUUACCUGUUUUCAGUCCAACCUCCAUCGCAAUUUCGUCCCAUAACUGCUGUUUUAAUUUCGAUUUCAUAUAAUCAACAUCAUUUGUGUCAUAUAAGACCUUUCUACAUCGAUCGGCUUCAAUUAGUUUUUCCUCCAUACCUAUUUCUCAGAUGCACACAUAUGAAAAAUCACGACGGUUUUGUGUUUAGACCGCAGGCUAACGCAGGCUCACGGCGUACAAAAACUGCGCCACCUCACGCUGCGUCUGAAUAUUCGCUGUUCUAUCGACGUCUAUUGAUUACAGAAAUCUGCGGUGAGUAACCCUGCGUCGCCUCACUUAACUGCGUCCACAGUAUAAAGAACAACACAGUAGGUUCAGUAGGUAGGUUCACUCUCUUGCGGCCGUUUGAAGUAGGGACUUCUAAACAGUGCCGACUUUUUUACGCGGUCGUAAAUCAUUAUUUAGUUUCGACGGCAAUCCUUUACGAUACGGGGGGUAUUUGAAACAUUUUUAAUAAUAAUAAUAAUAAUAAUAAUAAAUUCCUUUAUAUUACGAAAAUAGUUACAAAAGUUAUUAUCCAAAAAUGCGGCGAGAUCCGGCCUGGGGCUACUCUAUCUAACCGCAAGUCUAAUUCCUUUUAAUAAGGAAUAUUUUCGUACAUCGCGGCGGGCAGCGUGUAAUAUAUGGAAUUUUUUGAAAUUAAAGGCACUUUGUAUUAUUGUUAAAAUGAAAUUGAAAGAAUAUUAUUAAGUAUCUCUUUUGAACAAAUAACUGUAAGAAAAACACUUGGUAGAUAGCUU